AUGUAUUUUCCGAAUCCGAAUACGUGUUGGGCGAUCGGGCAACUCUAUACGAUCUCCGGGAUUCUUUCCGCGGUACACUUUACGAUAUCGAUCGUUUUGCUGGUGAUUGAAAGGAAGAAAACGGCUUGGAUUUAUUUGUGCAUACAAUUUGGGAUCAUUAUUCUACCAGCUUUCGGCGAUUUCUUGGCCGCAAUUGGCCAACCGAUGAUUUUGAUCCCAUAUUUUGUCAUUAAAAGUCUUCGAUAUCCAGAACUCGCUGAAAUUCCAGAGAUUUCGACAAGAAUCGGAUUGUUUAUUUACAUCUUUUGCUUUCUGAUUUCUCUGCACACCUUAUUGAUCUCGUUCAACUAUCGAAUUUCGGUGAUGAACAAGAAUCGAGCGCUGGAAAAAUGGCAGAAGGGAUUGUUGAGAUUAGCAAAUGGAAUCGGACUGGUUUUUUCAUUUCUCAUUUUGAGUGGAAUUUUGGGGAUCCCAUUGGCGUCGAGGAAUGUGCUUCUGAAUGGGAAACAGAUGCUGAACUUCCGCGGGAGUGGUCUCUACACAUUUUUCGUUGAUUUUUUUGGGAUGUUCAUUAAGCUAGAUUUGGAUCAUCUCCCAGCCGAUGUGUUGAGCGUUGCGAGCGCCGAUUCGAGUGUGAUUUUCUUUGUGACUAGCGAUUCAACUUCUAAAUUCAUUUUCCUAAUCAUUUUUACUGUUGUUCUUUUGUUUUCAAUGGAAUUGGGUCGACUUUCUUUCAUUUUAUUCUACUUAUUGCAUCAAUUGAAAGAGAAAAUGUACAGUAAACGGGGUCGACAAUUGCAAGCUGGAUAUAUACGGGUUUUGUUUUUACAGACAGCAUCGGUGAUACUUUGCAUUGGAAUUCCGGGUAUAAUGAUCUCUCUCUCAUUGAUUGGCGUCGAACUUAUGAGUCCUGAAGUUCCCGCCUCAUUUUCCUUAUUCAUGAUGUGGCACACGAUAUUGAAUUCCCAAAUCUUGAUCUUCACCUCGAGAACGGUGCAAAAGGCGACAAAAUCGUUAACAAAAAGAAAAUCCUCAAGUGCCUCAAAAACGAUUCGAAUGCAAAAAUUGGCGGCAACCGUGAUCGAUAUUCAACGAUUGUCAACAAGAAGACAUUCGAAUCGAUGGAAAGAAAUUGCUGAAAGGACCGUAGUCGUACAAACUACGGGAAUUUUUCCGACGUUCACUUCCUGUUUUCGAUUUCUAUCGAUCUCUCAAGUGUGUAAAUAUUUUUAUUGGAUAGAUCAACAAUAUAAAAUGGGCGGCAAAGGAGAUCUGGAGCGAAAGAUUCGCCUCUACCGAAUCGUAUUCCGUUCAUCGGCUCUCGUUUGUCUUCUCGCCGUCUUUGCCAUCUUUUCACAAUUACCCUUUUUAUAUCAUUCGAUGCAUGAGACAGGGAAAAAUCUCCGAUCUCAGGCAAAGGAAUGCUCGAACUCGGCAGAAAAGCUAUGGGAAGAUCUUCACGGUUUGAAACCAAGACGAAGCAAUGGCGAUGAUCUCCCAUCGAAUUUGUGCUUCAAAAAUAAAAAAGCGAAUGAAUCGUGUGCGCCUCGAUUUCGCGACAUAGUCGCU